AUGACAGGCAAUGGCAAAUGUCGUUACAAUGGUCAAAUCUAUGAUGAUGGCUCUGAAGUUUAUGUCAGUGACUUCAAUGGAAUCGGGUGUGGUCAUUAUAAUUGUAUUAAUGGAGAAGUUAAAAAACAUAGUUGGACUAAAUGUGAACCCGGUUUGAGUGACCAAUACAAUAUUUGUGAUGUAAUCUUUGAAGAAGGAGUUUGUUGUCCUAAAUAUGAGUGGUCUUUAGCCAAUUACGAAUCACCUCAAAAUCGUAGCAAGUUACGAUCCACUAUCUAA